AUGUCCCGCACAAGAAGUGAAAUCCAGUUCAUCCAUUCAUCCAAACCCGGAGUACCCGAGGUAGCGUCGGCUGAAAUGCGACGACUAGUUCACUCACAUGCAGCCCGAUCGGCACAUGCCAAGACGAGGCGACAGAGAGUCAUUGAGUACCAUGCAAUCAAAACUAUCAGUGGCUCGGAAGACGAAGGCCUGCCAUUCUCCACAGCGGCCGCCGAGAUAGCGAUAUCCGUCAUCCCAAGCCCUUUGGGCUUCCUGGAGUCUCACCGGAGAGAUCCCUUCGCAAGUUUUGCCAGGAGCCUAAAUUCGAAUGAAGAUUUUCUCUUAGACUACUGUAAGUAG